AUGAAUCUAAGACUACUCCUCCCGAUUUGUGCCUUUUUGACACUGACAACGUUUUUAUUGACCAUUAUUGCCAUCUCGGGUUCCACCUCGAAUUAUAAGCCAUUAACAAACAUUUUCAUCGGGGAUGCUGAUAUCUCGAAGAUCAACGUUACAAAAGUUAUGCCACAAGUUGGUCCAAUUUUGACAGUUUUGGGUUCUGCCUUGACUGCUCCAAAUGCUACAGUGGAAGACAUCUUUGGCGCUCUUAAGGCAAUUGCAUCUACUGAGGCCUUGUCUCCUCUACUGCACUUAUUGUCCAAUGCUGCUAACACCUCAACCACACUAUCAUCUUUGACAAAACUGGCCCCAAUGGCUUUACUGGGGUCCAACUCUGGCACAACAGCGGCCUUUUCCGCUCUUGAUGAGCUAUUGGAAACUUCUAAAAACACUACCCAACUCUUGGACGGUUUCAGCACAUUAAUGUCAUCUAUGUCGACCAAUAGUUCUUCUAGUAUGCUUGCCUUGGAAAACACCGUUAUGACCUUACUUGUCGAUUCCUCUGACCCCAUAGGUACGACUGAGUCUUUGAUUACUUUGAAUAAUAUGACUACUGAAGAAAAGAAACAAUUGUCGCCCGUGUUUAGUUUAUUUGGAAGCUCCAAAAACAUUACCGCCACAUCAGAUGCAUUAGGAACCAUCAUGAACUCUACCAUUCCAACAAAAUUGGUUUCUUCAUUGUUUACUAGUCUACAAGACGCCCUUGAUGAAGGCCAAAAUGUGACCGAGACAAUCACAAAACUAGGGGCCACGGUCCCUUCGAGUUUGCAUUCAGCUGUACAAGCUGUUAUUACACUAUUUGACGAAAGUACCUCUCAAAACAUAACGUUGUCAGUAUUGAGCAAUAUGAUUUCUGAAAACAUCACCGAAUCCCCCUCCGCUAAAGUGGCUAUGGUUGCCUUGACGAACCUAUUAGAUUAUACCACAAACCAAACUGAACUCCUUUCAUCUGUCGAAAGUUUAGCUAUCUCUAGCGAGGCUGCUUCCUCCACUAAUCAACUGGUAGCGCUUGAUGAAAUUCUUUCCAGCAGUGCUAACGCCUCCAAGGUUGCUUCACUGGUCCCGGCGUUGGAGGCUCAAUUAGCCAACAAUACCGUACUGCUUAAAUACGUCCCAUAUUUGUUCGAUCUACUAUCUGCAUCCGCUAACCCAGCACUAAGUUUUUCAUCUUUGAUCAACAUUACUAAAUGGGCAGAGACUAAUGCUGCUACAUUCUUACCAAUGUUGAGUAUCUUGAGUUCCGCUGAAAACAUGACAACCAUCACACCAGAACAGCUUAGAGACAUGACUCCAUCUAUCCUUGAGUACUUGAACAUCCCCGUGGUGUACCGUAUAUCUAUCUUCACAAUGUGCCGCGCUCACCUAAACAGAACAAUCUAUUCAUGCAGCAAGUCUCAUGCUGUCCAGAACAUGAAUUUCAGGGCAAUUGUUUACAAUAAUAUUGAAGCAUCUGAAUUUAAGCCUUAUUUGGAAGCCCUAAACAUCGGCAAAGAUGAUUUACAUUUAGACGGUGAAUUACAAAACAGACAACACAUGUAUGUUCCAGCAGUUAGGGCCGCUUUAGCCAUGAAUUUGAUGUGUAUUAUCACAGCCUUCUUCCUAAUGUUAUACUUACUCCUAUUGAGUAGACGCCCCGCGGUCAGUCAAAAACAAUGGUUGAUAUUGGGUUUUAUUUCCUGUUGGGAGUGUACUUUCAGCGGGUUGGGCAGUGCUAUCUUCAGUGUCAUUCUUAAUAUGAUGAAAUCCGGUACCAAAAAGGAUAAUUACGACGUGAUUAUUUCUGGAUGUUCUCCAUUUUAUGGUCUACUGUGGUCUGGAUUUGUACUUGCCUCCUUUGUAUUUCUCUGCAUUGCAUACAGUUGGUGGAUCGGCAGAAAGGAAGCCGGCGUCGUGGGAACUGAGAAAAUCAUUCAAGAAAGUGAUUCUACCUCGAGAAUCAUUGAAGAACAUGAAAGUGUCACUGAUGCUGAAAAGAACUUUGCCAGGUAA